AUUCUUGUUGCACAACUAUAUUACCUAGGUAGAACUCGUGUUAGACCUUCCGAGGGGGGUCUUCGACGGACUCUCGGACAAGUUGCUUCGCUUACACGAGCAACAAGAGAUCUAGCUGACUAAAUUUGCCUGGGUGCGGCAUUCGUUUUAGCGCCUAAAUAAAGCCACCAUCGGACCCAUGGAUGACGAAUACGAUUGAUUGAUUGAUCUGCUCGGAACUUUUGGUCAUUAUUCACGUUUUAUAUCCGCAUUUUCUUAAACUGACAGGGCAUUCUCGGUUUCUUUUCUUCUCCCCAAGGUUUCGAGGGGUGCUGCUUUUAAGUUUAAUUGCAGUGGUCAUGCAUUUUUACUCACCUGUCCGCCACUAUGCUCAUGUUUCAGUAUACGAUCAAUAUACAUUCCCAUGACGCCUACAGAGACUUAUCUUAACACGAUCACUAAUUCUUAUCUAAAGUGGCUGGCUGAUAUUAGAGCGAAUACGGAUUCAAAUCGGCUGAUGUUCGGGUUGUUCAUAAACUCCGGAUAGUGGGGGACAUGGAGGUGAUGGUCUAUGAGACUAUGACCCUCAUGACCUCGGAAUCAAGAAGGAUGAGACACCGAAAAAUUGAAAGCCCUUGGAUGCCAUUCUAGCUUCUCUAUACUCCUAGAUAUCGAAGAAAUCGUCAUUUAUUCCAGCUUCUCCAUGAAACACAUUUCCCUCCGACCUAUAUCCCGCUGACUAACAAGGGCCCUCUUAUCCCUGUUUGUCCCCAGGCGCAUAGCCUUGAACGUCAUCGUCAAGUGGUUGCCCCAGCUAACCAGACUUGGCCUAUCUCCCAGUUUCCCCUUCAGCUCCGCAUUCUUGCUCUCUCAACACCAGCAUAGCGGUCUAGAGAAGGGCAAAUCAUGUCGUCUUUUCGCCUGUUGAUUGAAGAUGGCCAGUUCCGUGAUGGAUACGGUCGACAAGUAGUCCUCCGUGGUAUCAAUCUCGCAGCCGAUGCCAAACUCCCGAGCGAACCCGAUCAACCAUCUCACAUUCCCACUGACUUCUUCGAUGGCGAUAAUGUAACGUUCCACCAGCGUCCUUUCCCCAAAGAAGAUGCACGAUCUCAUUUUGCGCGCCUCAGACGAUACGGCUUCAACACUAUCCGCUACAUCUUUACCUGGGAGGCACUCGAGGCCGCAGGACCUGGGAAAUACGACGAAGACUUCAUCCAACAUACGAUUGAUAUUCUGAGAAUAGCAAAGGAGUAUGGAUUCUAUAUAUUCAUGGACCCUCACCAGGACGUUUGGUCUCGUUUCACUGGUGGUUCGGGAGCCCCGUUAUGGACUAUAUAUGCAUGCGGCCUCAACCCUCAGAGCUUCGCCGCGACUGAAGCAGCAAUUGUUCAGAAUACAUAUCCCAACCCUGAUGAGUUUCCAAAAAUGAUCUGGUCAACGAACUACUAUCGACUUGCAGCUGGUACCAUAUUCACCAUGUUUUUUGCUGGCAAAGACUUUGCUCCAAAGUGUAUAAUUGACGGUGUGAACAUCCAGGAUUACCUGCAGGACCAUUUCAUGAGAGCAUGCGGCCAACUUGCCCGGCGAAUUCACGAGGCAGGCGAUCUGGAAGAUGUCGUUGUCAUUGGCUGGGAGAGCAUGAACGAACCAAACAAGGGCAUGACUGGCUAUAAGGAUCUUACUGUGAUCCCCAAAGAGCAUCCUUUGAAGAAGGGAACCUGCCCAACAAUGUGGCAGACGUUAUUGACUGGAAUGGGACGAGCGUGUGAAGUCGAUACCUGGGAGAUGGGCGGCCUUGGCCCUUACAAGACUGGCACAAAAUUGGUUGACCCCCAUGGCGAGGUCGCAUGGCUACCAGCAGACUAUGACGAUUCAAGAUAUGGUUGGAAGCGCGAUCCUGGCUGGAAGCUUGGCGAGUGCGUCUGGGCACAGCAUGGAGUUUGGGACAUGGAGACCGAUACCCUCCUUCGCAAGGACUAUUUUGCCAAAAACCCGAAUACCGGUAAGGUCAUCGAUUAUCCGCAAUUCACCAAUACCUAUUUCAUGGACUUCUGGCGGAAAUAUGUCAAAAUUUGCCGUGCCGUCCAUAAGGACUGCAUUAUGCUUAUGCAGUUUCCUACACUCGAAUUACCGCCCGAGAUCAAAGGGACGGAAGACGAGGAUCCUCGAAUGGCGUUCACACCGCAUUACUACGACGGUAUCACACUCAUGACAAAACACUGGAAUAGCACGUGGAAUGUUGAUGUGGUCGGAGUCUUGAGAGGCAAGUACUGGCAUCCAGCGCUGGCGAUCAGGAUCGGAGAGACGGCUAUUCGAAACUGUCUCCGUGACCAGCUCGCAACACUGAGACAAGAGGGCCUUGACCGUAUAGGAAAGCACCCCUGCGUGUUGUCAGAAUUUGGUAUUCCCUAUGAUAUGGAUGACAAGAAAGCCUACAAGACAGGCGACUAUUCGAGCCAGUCGGCGGCAAUGGACGCCAACUACUUUGCAGUUGAAGGAUCUCAGAUCGAAGGGCAUUGCUUAUGGACAUACUGUGCGAGAAACGAUCAUCUAAGGGGAGACUUUUGGAAUGGAGAGGAUCUGUCCAUCCUUUCGCUGGAUGACAAACCACUUCCAGAAUCCCCCGUUCCCGAAUAUUCGCAGUCGUCGCUGGAUCUGGCGAGGACUGCGACCGCGGCAAACACGAAGAAGGAUGUGGCUGAUGAUCGAAAUGUUACACCCGACAACCUCAAACGGACACUCACCAAUCCGUCGAUCAGCUCCGCGCCCUCAGCCAAGGAUCCUCAGCUAACCAACGCCCCUGGCUUCCGUGCAGCUGAGGCUUUCGUGCGCCCUACGCCGACGGUGGUAUAUGGUGACAUUGUGUCCACCGGAUUUGAUUUGCGACAGUGCACAUAUCUUCUCAAGGUCAAGGCACCAAAAGCAGCACCAGAUGAGUCGCCUACGAUUGUGUAUUUGCCUGAGUACCAUUUCCCCAAAGAACAGUGCGAGGUGGCUGUGUCCUCAGGCAAGUGGGAGCUUAGCACAGAUGACGAAGAGGGCACAACACUGCAGAAACUCAAGUGGUGGCACGCAGAGGGAGAGCAGAGCCUCAAGAUCUCGGGUCUCGUGCGGAAGCACAACGUUCCUGUAGGAUCCGAGGAGGAUGCUGGCUAUCUUGAGCAAUGCCAGCAAGGCUACGGAUUCAAUUUUGGAAGCUGCAGUGUUAUGUGAGCUGAGCCUUGUUUGAGACAAGGCACGUAUAAGUCGCAUCAAAUUCAGUGUAUGGUAGGUUGAGUUACGUCUGGCGAGCAUGUUCUGGGACACGGCGUUUAAGGUUUAAUAUUGAAAGAUACAUCUGAUUGGAUACCUUGAAAUGCGACUUGACACCGUUUCUACCGGUGAAUCGUGAACUUUGUCAAUCGGGUAGGUAAUUUCUAUACGAAGAGUACAUGAAGUCAGGUUCUGGCCACGGAGGUUUUCCCAGUCAAGCCAAUCUCCUCGGCCCGCUAAUUGGAUCGCGAUAUAAAAAGUUCUCCGGCUUACCGUUCUCAGUAGAGUACAAUUCAUGAUACAGAAUCUCGUGUUCAGUGUGACGCCACAGGAAAGGACCUUCAAUUCGUAAUUUUUCCAUAGCCGAGGGGAUGUCCGCUUGUGGGGAGUCCCAAUGCUCUGGUAAGGGGGAAUUGACUUCAAGGUGUCCCUAGUCAGGAACAUUCUCGUAUUCAUGAUACCAGGUUAUCUGAGUUGCCAUGGGUUAUGAUCCAGGGGUUCUGUGGACCUAGACAAUGG